AUGACGGGCUUUGAUUUCUCGAACUACAACCGCAACGCGGCUCUGCACGCCAGGGGCGUCCCUCUUCCCAAAGCCACUAGCACUGGUACAACGAUUGUCGGAUGCAUUUAUGAUAAGGGCGUGGUGAUUGCAGCAGAUACCAGAGCUACCAGCGGCCCUAUAGUAGCAGACAAGAACUGUGAGAAGCUUCAUUACAUUGCGCCCAAGAUCUGGUGUGCCGGCGCCGGUACUGCCGCGGAUACCGAGUUCACCACUGCCCUCAUCAGCUCCAAUGUCGAAUUGCACUCUCUAUCAACAGGCCGCGACCCCCGAGUCAUCACAUGCAUGACCAUGCUCAAGCAGCACCUUUUCCGAUACCAGGGACACAUUGGAGCCUACCUUGUGGUUGCAGGCGUGGAUCCGACCGGCGUCGGCCUGUACACAGUGCACGCGCACGGCUCGACAGACAAGUUGCCAUACGUGACCAUGGGAUCUGGAUCUCUCGCCGCCAUGUCUGUAUUUGAAUCCAUGUGGCAGCCUGAUCUUGACAAGGAGGGUGCAGUUGCUCUCUGCGCCGAGGCCAUCAAGGCUGGUAUCUUCAACGAUCUCGGUUCCGGUAGCAACGUGGACGUCUGUGUGAUCGAGAAGGACAAGCCUACACAGCUACUCCGCAACUACAUGAAACCCAAUGAACGUGGACUGAAGGAGCGCAACUACCGCUUCCCCAAGGGUACGACUGCCUGGCUGAACCAAAAGGUUAUUAGCAAGGAAGACUUGAAGAGAUAUGUUACGAUCGAGACACUGUCUGGGGAUGACAACCUUGCUGCUGGAGAGAAAAUGGAAGUGGAUGCUUGA